AUGGCAUCCGCACAGCAGCUCCGGAGACUGACCGAGGAGGUAAUUUGUCCCAUUUGUCUGGAUUUCUUCAGCGAUCCGGUUACACUGGAUUGUGGACACAACUUCUGCCGCUCCUGUAUCACCCAGAGUUGGGAAAAGAAGAAGAUAAACUCCUGCCCGGAAUGUAGAGAGGUGUUUCCGGAAAGAAACCUCAGGGUAAAUCGGGCCUUAGCGAAUCUGGCCGAGGAGGCUCGAAAAUUAAAGCUGGAUUCGAAAGAGACGAAGAGUAAACCUCACUGUGAGAAACAUCAGCGAGAACUGGAGCUGUUUUGUGAAACUGACAGAAAGUUGGUCUGUCUGAUGUGUGUCACUGCACCGGAACACAGACAGCACCGCUUCAUACAGAUUAAAGAAGGAGUUAAAGUGUACAAGGAUAAACUGAAAUCUUCUUUAGAUUCUCUCACAGAGAAGAAAUCGGCGGUUCUCCAAGCAGAACUGACCCAGAAACGGAAGAUUUCCGAAGUGAGGGAACAGGCGAGCAGUCUGCAGACCCACAUCACAUCCGAGUUCACGAAAAUGCACCAGAUUCUCACUGAGAAAGAGCAGCGUUUACUCAGAGAUCUCAGGGAAGAAGAGGAGAGGAUUGUAGAACCAAUGGAGAAAACCCUUCGAGAGAUUCAGAAGAAUUUAAAUUGUAUUGAGAAAAAACUCUCAAAGUUGCAGAAACAGAUGGAGCAAACGGACGAGCUGAUAUUUCUGAAGGAGGCAGCUUGUCGGAAGAGAAGAAUUAGCGAUAACAAUUGGAUAUCACCAGUAGAUGGCGCCCUGUCCAUUGGAAAAUUCAAUGGCCCUUCACAGUACACAGUUUGGAGAGAAAUGAUGGAUGACAUUAACCCCGCUCCAGCCUCUCUGACUCUGGAUCCGAACACAGCACAUCCCUGGCUCAUCCUGUCUGAGGGCCGGACCAGUGUGAGACUCGGAGGCAAACGGCAGCCACUCCCUGACUCCCCGGAGAGAUUUGAUUCCUGUCCCUGUGUCCUGGGAUCAGAGGGAUUCACAUCAGGGAGACAUUACUGGGAGGUGGAGGUGGGGGAGAAGACCCGGUGGUAUCUGGGAGUGGCCCGAGAGGCUGUGAAGAGGAAAGGGAGGAUCACCCUGAGCCCGGAGACUGGAUUCUGGAUUGUGUGGCUGGGACCCGGAUGUGAUUAUUUUGCCUCCACCUCCCCCUCACGGACCCCCCUCUCCCCGAGUGUGAAUCCCCGGAAGAUCGGGGUUUUCCUGGACUAUGAGGGUGGACAGGUGUCAUUUUACAAUGCGGACACCAUGUCCCAUCUCCACACUUUCACCCACACUUUCACUGAGAGGAUCUUUCCCAUCUUCCAUCCGGGAGAGAAUGACGGCGGGAAAAACUUCGCCCCGCUGACAAUCUGCGGGAUUAAAGGGCACUGACAGAUCCAUCCCAUAAUUUCACCCCGUCCCCUGCCUCCUGCCAGCUGUAAACUGAUGGCGGUCAGUCUCAGUCUGGGGGAGAGAAGGAGGGGGAGAGAAGAAACAAAUAGAAGCUCAAUUGUAGAGAGGGACUGACUGGGUAGAAUGAGCUGUGAGCUGCAGGAACCCGGGGACCUUCCUGCCCCUAAUGUUGCUCCACAGGCGGGAGGUGGCGCUACAUGAUGGUGUUGGAGAUGAAUCAGUCAGUGGGUCUCAGACUGGACUCAGUGGGGUCUUUCCAGGGGACAGCAGAUCUUUUCACUGCAAGGCAGAGAGAGACAGGGAGAUCCAGAAAGAGUUGAGGAAGUGAAGGCAACAAAUACAAGAAUUCCUUGAGUCACUGUUAUUCCCACCUUCAGGGCGAUGAGGUGGUCUUGGUUUCCAGUGGACAGAGGUGCGAAGCUUCAACGUUUGAAUGAGUGAGUAAAUUUGGAUCAUUUUGCAGACUUUCACACUUCUCCCGACAUGCAGCAAUGUAAGUGACUCUUAAUGCCGGCUGGGCAUUCAAUUCUGAAUUUCCCUGCAACACCAACACGAACAUCUCAUCAAUGAAUUUAUCAAAGAAGAUUGGAGGGGAGACCAGUUGCUGUUGUGAUCCACGUCACUCUUCAGUUUGGACUCAGGUAGUGAGUAAGUGCCAUUCCCAAGUUGCCUGGCCCACUGAGUGCUUCCAUCAUUUUCUGCUGAUAUUAAUGACUCAUUGGUCUGAUUCCUGUAAUUAUGAUAGCACUGUCAGAUUGUUAAACUUAAGGUUCUCAACAUAUUGCAAUGAUUCUAUGGGUGCUGAUCAUUGAACUGGAUCUGCUCAGGUUUGUAAAUAUUAAUGAGAACGUCACGUUUAAGUGGGUACACUUAUAAAAUUGAUGGUAAGGCAACUUAUGUGUUUGCGGGAUCCCCUUGCUGACGUAUCUGCAGUUAGGUUGACUGAGUGAACCCCUUUAAAGAAGGGGAUAUGUGGAGGUAAACUCUGCACCGUCAGGAAAAACAGGAGUGAGACACAGCCCUACAGAUCAAGGAAUUCGGAGGCAGUUAGGGAACUCACGGCAGAGUAGAAAAGGAGCAUUUUGUUUGGUUUAUUGGCACAUCGUUUGGGAAUAUUGUUGAUAAUUUGUGUUGAAAGUGCUAUAUGAAUUGCUUUGUGUAUGUAUACCAUUCAUGUAUAAUGUUUAACAACAUGAGAGACACAAGUCACUUGAAUGUAACUGCAGUAAAUUAUUUAUCGGUCCUUGGUUUUCUGGUCUGUCUUAUCUCUGUUUAUUUCAGUGAAAUCAUCCGAAAAAUCAUGACUUUGUAAUUAUCUGCUUUUUGCAAAAUAUUAAAGCGAUCUUGUCAAGCUGCACAAGGUCAGGCAGGAGACAUCACAGUGGGCGUGAGACACAGCCCAAGUGACUAUAUAGUUCAAGGCAUUUGGAGGCAGUGUGAAAAUUUUAAAAGUUUGAAAUUCAGUUUUUUCAGUCAUAAAAAGUUUAAUAAGAUUGCUGAUCCAGCUGACUGAGGGACAGAUAUCUGCUGAAGCCUGAACAGGGCCUCUAGGUGGUGAUUACUGCUAAAGCUCAAUAUGUGUGAGGCAGCUCUAUUUAAUGAAUGAAUGAUUUUAUUGUUACCUGUAUAUUACAGUGCAAAUGCAAUAAAAUGCAAUGAAAAUC